AUGCCUCUCGUGAUUCCCGGAAUGCAGUCCAGCGGCGGCGACGACAAGACCUCCAAGUGGAUGGAACAGCUCAUGGGCAAGAAGCUUGGCGACAGUAACGAUAACAUGGUAUGUGUCGGCCUUGUAUUCAUGAUGAUCUGGAGGGUAGUUGUUGACAUGAGUGGUACAGNNACUUUCGCAAAGAAGGACCUUCCCCAGCAACACCGCGUCGUCAAGGGCGACUCGAUGAUGACCAUGGACCACAACCCCGAUCGGUAA